AUGGCGGGCGACCACAAUCAGGUCGAGUGCGAGGCGCGCCAGCAGCUCGAGUACUACUUCAGCUACGCGAACUACAGCCGCGACGCCUACCUGCGGGGCCUCGCCGACGGCCGGGGCUUCGUCGCCCUCGCGGACCUCGAGGACUUCCCCAAGCUCGCGGCGCUGCUCGCGCGCGCACCCGGCGACGACGUGCUCGCGCGCGCCGCGGCGACGUCGCCGCUCCUCGAGUACGACGCGGCGAACGGCGCCGUGCGCGCGGCGAACCUGGGCGGCAGCGACACGCACGAGGCCAAGCACCUCGUGCUCGACGCGAACGCGUUGAUCCGCGGCCGCGCGGCGUCGCUCGCGGGCUACGCCGAGCGCUUCUGGACCAUCGAGGAGGUGCUGGCCGAGGUCCGCGACGACAAGUCGCGCGAGCAGCUCCUGCGCCUGCCCUUUGAGCUCGAGGUCCGGCGGCCGUCCGCGGAGGCGACGGCGCGCGUCCUGGAGUUCGCCAAGCUCACGGGCGACCUCCGGAGCCUCUCGGCCGUCGACGCCAAGGUGCUCGCGCUCGCGCUGACGCUCGAGCUCGAGGCCGUCGGCGACGACGCGCACCUGCGGCGGGCGCCCGACGGCCGCGAGGCCCGCGCCCCCGCGGCGAAGCCCGCUGCGAAGCCCGCGCCCGCGCCCGUCGUCGCGCCGCCGCCGCCGCCCGCGCCGGCCCCGGCCGCGCCGGCCGCGCCGCGCGCGAAGCCGACGUCCUGGGCCGCGGCGCUCAAGGCGCCGCCGCCGCCGCCGGCCGCGCCGGCCGCGCCCGCGGCCGCGCCCGCCGCCGCGCCCGCCGCCGCGGCGCCGCUCCCCGAGGCGGACGAAGAAGAGCAAGAAGAAGACGAGGCGCCGCAGCAGCCGCUCCCGUCGUCGUCGAAGAGCGCGCCGUCGCGCAUCCUCGGCUCCGCGACGGCCUCCGGCCAGAGCUCCGCGAUGGACGCGGCGGACGACGACGGCGUCGGCUGGCUCGACGCGAGCCACGUCGCGACGGCCGUCGCGACGGGCGAGCUGCCCUUCGACGGGUCCGCGCCCGCGGCGAGCGACGGCGGCUACAAGCCGAGCUGCGGCUGCGCGUGCGCGACGGUCGACUACGCGAUGCAAAACGUGCUCCUCCAGAUGGGCCUGCGCCUCGUGAGUUUGGACGGCAUGGUCGUGAGCCGCACGACGCGCUGGGCGCUGCGCUGCGGCGCGUGCUUCCACGUCGAGGACGACCAGGCGAAGUUGUUCUGCGGCCGCUGCGGCUCCACACCGCUGAACCGCGUCGCCGUCGGCGUCGACGCGGCGACGGGCAAGCGCAAGGUCUUCCUCCGGAAGACGCCGCGCCACGACCUCCGCGGCACGAAGUUCGCCCUGCCGAAGCCGGGCCAGGCGGGCCGCUACGAGGGCGAGCUCCUCCUCCGCGAGGACCAGCUCCUCAGCGGCAUCUGGCGGCAAAAGGCCGCGCGCGCCAAGUCCGCCAAGACGAAACAAUCCGUCUUCGGGCCCGACGUCACGGACUCCCUCGAGGCGCUCAACAUCGUCCAGGCCAACGACCUCACCGACGACGGCGCGGGCGACGCGGACGGGAACGCCGAGAAGUCGGACGCGCCCAUCGAGAACCCGGACGGCCGGAACGUCUCCGCCGUCGGCGCCGCCGACGGCGGCGUCGACAGCGACGGGCAGACCGACGGCUUCGGCUGGUCGCCCAUGCCCACGUCCGUCGGCCGCAGCGUGAUCCGGGUCGGCGCGGCCGUCGUCGGCGCCGGGAUCGGCGCGUCCGUCGGCGCGGGCGUCGGCGCGACCGUCGGCGCCUUGGACGGCUUGUACGAGGGUUCGUGCGACGGGUUGGGCGUCGGCCGCUUCGUCGGCCGCGGCGUCGGCGCGGACGACGGCGACGGCGACGGGUCGCCGGGCGUCGGCCGCGGCGUCGGCCGCGGCUGCGGCGCCUCCGUCGUCGGCACGGACGUGGGCACGGGCGUCGGCUCGGGCAGCGGCGGCUUCGUCGGCGCGGCCGACGGCCGCGGCGACGGCUCCGCCGUCGUCGGCGCGCGCGAAUACGUCGGCGCGGGCGACACCGUGGGCUCGUGGCUCGUCGGCGCGUCGGGCAACAAGGGCGAGGGGAACAUGGUCGCCGACGGCGACGGCGUCAGCGGCGUCGGCCGAUGCGUCGUCGGCGCGUCGAAGCGAAGCGUCGACGGCGGCGCCGUGAAACUGUCGCCGUCCGUGUUCGGCGCGUUCUCGCCGAAGCUGUCGCCGUCGGCGCUCGAGUCCCCGCCGAAGCGGUUCCGCGCCGCCGCCGCGGCGCUCCGCGGCGACGCGCCGCCGCCGCCGCCGACGGCAUCGUCGGUCCUCGACCGGGACCUCGGCGACGCGGCGGCGCGGCUCCUGCGGCGCGAGGCCGAGGCCGCGCCGCCGCCGCCCGCCGGCGGCGACGAGUUCCCGACGGCGAUGGCGGAGCGGUCCGGCGGCAAGGUCGCGCUCCACAACGGGCGGUUCCUGCGGCGGACGCUCGCGGACACGGCGGCGCACAACGCGCGGCUCAGGAACGCGCCCUUCGGCGCGGACCGCCGCCGCCGGAGCCCGUCGCCGCCGCCGCCGCCGCCGCCGGCGCCGCGGCGCGACGAGGGCCGGGGCCCGCGGCGCGUCGAGGUCGUGCUCCCCGACGACCGGGCCACGGGCAUCCUCUUCGAGCGCGACGCGGCGUCGGGCCGGCCCGUGGUCCUGGGCUUCGCGGCGUCGUGCCGCGCGGCCGUCGUCGACGCGCUCCGGCCGGGCAUGGUGCUGGCCAAGAUCGCCGGCGUCCGGUGCAAGGCCAUCGACUACGCGCGGAGCCUCGAGCUCGUCCGCGCGCUCGAGAAGCCGCUCACGCUCGAGUUCGAGGCGCCCAAACGGCGCCGGUCGCCGUCGCCGUCGUCGUCGUCGUCGGGCUCCCGGCGCCGGCGGCGCAGGAAGGAGAAGAAGCGGCGCCGGCGCGGCCACGACGAGCGCUCGCCCGGGUAA